AUGAGCACAACUAUCUUCCCCAAAGCGGCCCUCCCGAUUCGGCAGCUCUCGCCCGCCCAAGUAUGUCGUCGCCAGAAGAUAAAGCCAUGCACGCGCCAAUCCGGCCCCGUGGUGACCUACUCGGUAGCUUCUAGAGUUCCGAGUCGGCCGCCACCAAAAUUACGGUCUCAGGCCUGCAUUUCUCGGCAAAGGGUCGGUCGCCGAGUAACACCAUCCAGAUACGGGGGAGCUACUCACACGGAACAGCAGGCCAACUUCCACACAACCCGCCAAUUACUCGCGACGCCAAGAGACCCGUACGGGACCUUGGGGGUCAACAAGAGCGCAACGGCCGCCGAGAUCAAGAAGGCCUACUACGGCCUGGCCAAGAAAUAUCACCCAGACACGAACAAGGACCCAACCGCCAAGGACAAGUUCGCCGAGAUUCAGUCCGCCUACGAGAUCCUGUCCGACCCCAAGAAGCGAGAGCAGUUUGACCAGUUCGGCGCGGCAGGGUUUGAUCCGAGUGCUGGACCGGGACCCGGGCCCGGCGCUGGGUUCGGAGGCGGCCACCCCUUCAGCGGCUUCGGCGGCCAAGGCGGCUUCGGCGCCAACAUCAACUUCGACGACAUCUUCUCGGCCUUCACGGGCGGGGCGCAUCCUUUCGGCGGGCGUGCUGGGCGAGGCACCGUGGAGAUCCUGCAGGGCGAUGACAUCGAGGUGCAGGUAACGGUGUCGUUUAUGGAGGCGGCCAAGGGAACGAGCAAGACCGUCACGACGAUGCCGCUGACGACGUGCAAGACGUGCAGCGGCAGCGGUCUGAAGCAAGGCACCCAGCGGUCCAGCUGCAAGUCGUGCAACGGGACCGGCACGCGCGUGCACUUCAUGUCGGGCGGCUUCCAGAUGGCCAGCACCUGCUCGACUUGUGGCGGCAGCGGGUCCUCAAUCCCGCGUGGCUCCGAGUGCCGCUCGUGCCAGGGCGACGGCGUCGUCCGCGAGACAAAGACCCUUACCGUAGACAUACCCGGCGGUGUCGAAGACGGCAUGCGGCUGCGGGUUAGCGGUGCGGGUGACGCGCCCCCAACCGGUCGGGCCGCGGGCGCGGACGUGCGCGGUGUCAACGGCGACCUAUAUGUCUUCGUUAAGGUUGCGCGCGAUCCACAGUUCAGCCGGCAGGGGUCCGACAUCCUGCACACCGCCACCAUCCCGCUGACCACCGCUAUCCUCGGCGGCGAGGUGGUCAUCCCGACGCUCGAGGGCGAUGCCAGGGUCCGCGUGGCAACCGGCACCAACACGGGGGACAAAAUGACGUUAGUAGGCAAGGGCAUGCCGAAGCUGGGCGGGCGUCGGGGGCGGAUGGGUGAUCUCAAGGUGGAGUUCCGCGUUGCGAUGCCGAAGUACCUCACGUCCAACCAGCGGACGCUCGUCGAGAUGCUGGCCGACGAGCUGGGCGACAAGUCGGCCAAGCGGAUCAUGAAUCUACACAAGAGCAAACCCGCUGACGACAAUAACCUCGACUCCCAUAAAAACGAGGGAUUCCUCAAGUCCCUCUGGCAUAACCUCACCAAUCACCCGGCCCACCAACAAAAGCCCGCAGACAGCCAAUCUUCCUCCGAUAGCACCAAGAAGCCAGAAGACAGCGACAGCGAUGCCAAGAAGCAACCCGGCUCCGGUUCAGGCUCGUCAUGA